UCCAGCUGACUUUCCUACACUUUCAUAGAUAGAAACUUCUUGAGAACCAGAAAAAUUAAAGAAUACCGCAGCAUCACGGAUUAUCUUAAAAAAGUUAAAAUAAACAUUUCAAAAAGGGAAAAUCCUUCAGCCGUUAAAGUUUUCCUUGUGGAAAAGGCCGCUAAAUAACCAAACUAAUUUAAACAAGUCUCAAAAAAUGGAAGAUUUCCCUUUUCUAAAAUAGUGGACGGGCAGUAAACAUCCAAAGCUAGCCCGGCAUGGAGGAAACCGCAGAAACUGGUUUGGCUGCGCCAAGUCCAGCCCAGAAAUCGGAUGGGGCUACCAACGAAACCAUGGGGCAUGGAAAGUUGCUAAAGCCCGUGAAGGCGGACAACCCCAUUGUUUACCUGGACAUUAGCAUUGGCAAGGAAGACGCUGGGCGCCUGAUAAUUGAACUGCGCAGGGAUGUUGUCCCCAGGACAGCGGAAAAUUUCCGCGCGCUUUGCACGGGCGAGUAUGGUGUGGGAAAAAUGGGCAAACCGCUGCACUACAAGGGCACAAAAUUCCACAGAAUCAAAAGGGUCUUCGCCGUCCAGAGCGGAGAUGUUGUCAAUAAUAAUGGAACCUCCGGGGAAAGUAUCUACGGCCCAGUAUUCGAAGACGAGAACUUUGAACUUAAUCACAAUGAUGAAGGGGUAGUCAGCAUGGCGAACUAUGGAAAACCCAACUCCAACAACUCCCAAUUCUUCAUCACUGCCGUGGGAUGCGAGAAUCUUAAUGGAAUUAACGUGGUGGUUGGUCGAGUGUUACGCGGCCUUGGCAUUGUUGCCGAAAUGGAACAAAACUGCAACGACGAAGGUGACCCAACAGCAGAGAUCGUAAUUCGGGACUGCGGCGAACUAGCACCCGGUGAGGAUUGGGGCAUCGAGUGCUGUGACGAGACAAGCGACAAACUGCCACCAUAUCCGCAAGACUGGAGUCGCAAAAACGAUAAAUUUUCGUCGGACGCGGCCGUGGAGCUGCUGACGGGCAUUCGCCAAUCGGGCAAUCACUUCUAUCAGCUCGGUCGCUAUCAUGAGGCCCGUGCCAAAUACCGCAAGGCCAGUCGCUACUAUCUAUACCUAAGCAAACAGUUCGGCUGGCAGCAGCUGAACCACUUCAAGAAGCACUUGGGUGACGCGGAUCUACGCAAGAUUGACGCCUUCUCAGUGGUGAACAACAUCAAUGCAGCUGCGGUGGACCUGAAAUUGGGAAACUAUCUAAGUGCCAAAUACGACUGUUCAGAGGCCAUUCGACUGGAUCCAAAAUGCAGCAAAGCCUUCUAUCGGCGUGGCCAAGCCCAAAGAGGUCUUAGGAACUACGAGGAGGCCAUCAAUGAUCUGAAGAAAGCCCACAGCCUGCUGCCGGAGAACAAACAGAUUGUGAACGAACUGAACAGCACCAAACAGCUCCUGGCAGAGUACAAUCGUCAGCAGCGAAAUGCGCUCAAAAAUCUAUUUGCCUAGCCUUUCAAAAACCACGUUUAAUAUUCUUUAUAUUAAGGGAUCGUUUUGAAUAUAAGUCUAAA